AUGCCCCAGACCGUGUUUUACAAGGGCAAGGACCAGGACUUCAGCGUCAUCAUCGAGAACAAAGCCGCCGUGGAGAAGUUCCGCAAGGGCGACCACUCGCUUCCCUUGAUCGACAUCGUCGGCAUCUACAAGGUGUUUGUCUCCCAGCGAGGCACCGAGGCUUCUGACGACGAGGCGCUGAAGCAGGACUUAGAGAACGAGUUUGGUACUCUGAACCGCGACGAGGUGAUCAAGAAGAUCUUGACCGAGGGCGAGUUCAACACCCUCAAGCCCUGA